AUGGCUCCGGGAGGUGGAGGAAAUAUUAAGGUGGUGGUGAGAGUGCGUCCGUUCAAUGGCAGAGAAAUUGACCGAGGUUCGAAAUGUAUUGUCGAAAUGAAGGAGAACCAAACCGUCCUUGCCAUGCCAGACGGACACGGUGGCAAGGGCGCAAAGGAUACCGGGGCAAAGACUUUUGCCUUCGAUCGAUCAUAUUGGUCCUUCAACAAGGAGGACUCGACUUACGCCGGCCAGUCGAACCUCUUCGAUGAUCUCGGAGCACCGCUUCUCGACAAUGCCUUCCAAGGUUACAACAAUUGUAUCUUUGCCUAUGGUCAAACAGGUUCAGGAAAAUCUUACUCCAUGAUGGGUUACGGCAAAGAAGUUGGUAUUAUUCCCAACAUUUGCCAAGAAAUGUUCAACCGAAUAGACACCAUCCAAGAAGACAAAUCUACGAAAUGCACCGUCGAAGUGUCAUAUCUCGAAAUUUACAACGAACGCGUUCGAGAUUUACUUAAUCCCGCGACAAAGGGCAAUCUGAAAGUGCGAGAGCAUCCAUCGACGGGUCCAUAUGUAGAAGACUUGGCGAAACUUGUUGUUGGCAGUUUUCAAGAAAUCGAAAACUUGAUGGACGAAGGAAACAAGGCCAGAACUGUCGCCGCUACCAACAUGAACGAAACGUCCAGUCGAAGUCACGCUGUUUUCACUCUGAUGCUGACGCAAAAGAAGUAUGACGCAGAGACCAAGAUGGAAAUGGAGAAGGUCGCCAAGAUUAGUCUUGUCGAUUUGGCAGGUUCGGAACGUGCAACGUCAACUGGUGCUACAGGUGCUCGAUUGAAAGAAGGUGCUGAAAUCAAUCGAUCUUUGUCAACACUAGGUCGAGUCAUUGCUGCGUUGGCGGAUUUGUCCACGGGAAAGAAAAAGAAGGGCGCAACUCAGGUUCCCUACCGUGAUAGUGUUCUGACAUGGCUUUUGAAAGAUUCCUUGGGUGGAAACAGCAUGACGGCUAUGAUAGCAGCCAUCAGUCCCGCCGACAUCAACUAUGACGAGACGCUCAGUACUUUGCGAUACGCGGACUCUGCCAAGAGAAUCAAGAACCACGCUGUUAUCAACGAAGACGCCAAUGCCCGUAUGAUCAGAGAAUUGAAGGAAGAACUUGCACUUCUGAGAAGCAAACUUGGCGGCGGUGUUCUUGGAUCUGGUCAAGCCCCAAUCCCUGGAGAACCAGUUUAUGCUGAGGGAACACCUCUGGAGCAGCAGAUGGUGUCAAUCACUACCGCCGAAGGUGUCGUAAAGAAGGUAUCCAAGGCGGAAAUCGCCGAACAGCUCAGCCAGAGCGAGAAGCUGCUCUCCGAUUUGAACCAGACCUGGGAGCAGAAGCUUCAAAAGACAGAAGAGAUUCACAAGGAGAGAGAGGCGGCAUUGGAAGAACUCGGCAUCAGUAUCGAAAAAGGUUUUGUCGGGCUACACACGCCGAAGAAAAUGCCCCAUCUUGUCAACUUGUCGGACGACCCUCUUCUUGCCGAAUGUCUUGUUUACAAUCUGAAACCUGGAACUACAACCGUUGGCAAUGUUGACACGAAUGCCGACCACCAGGCCAACAUCCGGCUUAAUGGAACGAGAAUUCUCCAUGAUCACUGUAAAUUCGAAAACAAUGCAGAUGGAACUGUCGUCGUGGUUCCCACUGACGGCGCGUCAGUCAUGGUGAACGGCAAGAGGAUAACGGAGCCUAAGCAGCUUCACUCUGGAUACCGAGUCAUCUUAGGCGAUUUUCAUAUUUUCCGAUUCAAUCACCCGAUGGAAGCGAGGGCUGAAAGAGCAGAGGUUGGGCAAAGUCUGCUUCGUCAAUCCAUCACGGCCAGUCAACUGCAGGCUUUGGAUCGAACACCAUCCCCUCGACCCGGCCACGAGAGGUCAAUGAGUAGGGUUUCAGACUUUGGCGACUCUCGACCAGAAUCGCCAGCUCCCUUUUUGCGAAAUGGGAGAGAAUCAGAUUGGUCACUCGCCCGUCGAGAGGCUGCGGGUGCUAUCCUCGGCACGGAGCAAAACUUUACCAGUCUGACAGAUGAAGAACUCAAUGCUUUGUUCGAAGAUGUACAGAGGGCCCGAGCCGAACGUGUUAACGGACGUGAAGACGGCGAGGACACCGAGUCAGUCACUUCAUAUCAGCUGCGUGAAAAGUACAUGUCUACUGGAACCAUUGACAACUUUUCGCUUGACACAGCAUUGACGAUGCCCUCAACACCAAAGCAAGGCGAACAAGAGGAUCGCUUGAAAGAAACUCGAGAGGAACUGCAAAGCCAGCUGGACAAGCAGAAGGAAGAGUUUCAAGAAAAGCUCAAGAGUGCAGAAGCGGCCAACGUCGAAGUUGAAGAGAUUAGGAAGGAAAAGGCGAAGAUGGAAGCUGCUCUUCUUGAGCUGAAGGAGGACAUGCAGAAGCAACUUAAUCUGCAACGGAAACAGUACGAGGAAAAGAUUGACAAGAUGGACCCUCUCAAGCGACCCAAAGCGAAUCCAAAGUUGUCAGAAGAAGAGAUUGAGCAAGCAAGAAAGGUUAUCAAAGUCUGGCGCGGUCGUCAUUUUGUCAAAAUGGCCGAAACUGUGCUUCAGAAUGCUGCAGUGCUGAAGGAGGCUCAGAUCAUGAGUAACGAGCUGGAUGAGAAUGUUGUGUUCCAAUUCACCGUUGUGGAUAUAGGACACGCUCUCUGCUCUUCUUACGACAUGGUUCUCAAUGGAUUGACUGGCGAAGGAGAGGAUCCUGCACUGGAGGAGAGCCAGAAACCCUGCAUUGGCGUUCGCGUCGUUGAUUAUAAGAACAGCGUUGUUCACCUCUGGAGCCUGGAGAAGCUGCAUGACCGCGUUCGUCAGAUGCGGCAGAUGCAUCAGUACCUCGACCAGCCAGAAUACGCACAGCACUUGAGUCUUGACAAUCCAUUUGUGGAGACUUGCAUGCCGUCAUAUACACUUGUGGGAGAAGUUGACGUUCCGCUGAGAGCUGUAUUCGAGAGCCGCGUCCAAGAUUUCUCUCUCGAUGUCCUGUCGCCUUAUACCUCGCACGCCAUCGGCAUAGUCAAGUUGUCUCUGGAGCCUUCUCAUGCACGGGCACCGACAAACACCUUGAAAUUUAAUGUCGUCAUGCAUGAGCUCUUGGGGUUCGCCGAGCGAGAAGGAACAGAAGUCCAUGCUCAGCUCUUCAUCCCUGGCGUGUCAGAGGAGGAUGGGGUCACCACAACACAAAUGAUAAGCGACUUUGACGAAGGCCCGAUUCGAUUUGAAAGUGUCCACAAUAUGAGUGUAUCUCUCUUUGCGCCUCAAGACGUUACGCUACGGGCUGCCAUCUUUGCCAAAGUCUCAACCAUGCACUUAGAUAAGCUCCUUAGUUGGGACGACAUGAGAGAUGCUGGACCAAUGCGUGAUGGUUCAAAGGGAUCGCGCAUCAACGAGUCACAAUUUUUCACCCAAGAAAAGCACGACCUUCUUUCCCGGAUUCAGAUUAUGGAGUUGAACGAGAAUGGCGAAUAUCAGCCCGUGGAAGUGAGUCAGACAAGUGAGUUGGACACUGGCACCUUCCAGCUGCAUCAAGGUUUACAACGCCGAAUUGGAAUAAACAUCUCCCAUAGCUCGGGAGAUGCUUUACCUUGGGGCGAUGUUACCGCAGUGCGCGUUGGCAAAGUACGACUUGUCGAUUCAGCAGGCAAGACUCCAGACAUGGGCACCCACGAGCCUGAUGUCGCUUUGAAGCUUGCUUCAAAUCCUAUUUUCCGGGAAAACCCCAACGGCACACGGAGCAUCACCAUGUACGCUCAGUGGGACUCGAGUUUGCAUAAUUCACUCUUACUAGACAGAGUAACCGCGGAUAAGUACCGCGUGCAAAUGACGAUACACUGGGAGAUUAGCUCCGAGAAGUUGGCGGAACCAAUGAAGUUUGUCCAAAAGGUGUGCGUGCAGAUCUUGUCACGAACAUUUGUGCGUCAAACAUCCGUGUUCUCGUCUCUGUGGCAGAACGUGAGGUUUGUACGUUCAUCGACUGGCAUUUUCACUCUCACCAUGCGACCUGCUCCCAUAAAGAGAGUUGGUGACUUGUGGCGAAUGAACAGUCAACAUGAUUAUGUCAAGGGUGAAGAGAAUCUGACGAGCUGGGCUCCCCGUGGCGUCUCCCUCGUGAGUGACUUUAUUAUGGCACGCAAGAAGAGAAGACGGGUAGCCGAGAUUGGCGCGGUGCAAACGACGCUUCAAAGAUUGGGAGUCGACAUUACCACUGUUCGGCCUGCAGAACCGGAACCAGAGCCAGAACCGCUUCCUGAGGUGAAGGCAAUCGUGCCAGAUGACGAUGACGACCUCUUAAAUGACACCCCAGACACAUCCCAAGCACCGUCCAUCGAUGAAGAGCUCGACGACGAGGACCAGGGCGAGGAAACAAUAAAGGUUGAACCCCAAGAUGAAGCUCCAUCAGACACAGCUGCUGCCCCCGAGGAAGCACAAAACCCCCCUGAAUCCGAGUACAACGACCACCAAACUGAGCUACUCGAAAAGUCAAUAAAGCUAUGGACAAAAUAUCCCGACCCGCUGUCCAGCAUCCUCAGCCCAGCCAACACCGCUCCUCCAACAAACGGCAUCGCCCCCGAGUCCUCCCUCCCACCCAGCCUCAUCACCACCAUCAUCCGCGUCCCCAAAAACCCCAAAGUCCUCAAGGGCGGCUACCUCCUCGUCCCCAACAACGAUUCCACCCGCUGGGUCAAGCGGUUCGUCGAACUGCGCCGCCCAUACCUCCACAUCCACUCCGCGUCAGACGGCGACGAAAUCGCCCUCGUCAGCCUACGCAACUCCCGCGUCGACAGCCAACCCGGCGUCCUGGGCCUCCUCCACGGGCCAGACGACUACGACGGGCCACAAAACAACUCCAGCCCAGACUUCACACCCGGUCACCGCCGCACGGCCUCCGGCCGCGUGAUUUCCACCAUAUGGACCGGCACGGGCGGCAGUUCCUCCAGCAGUCAGGGCCAGGGCCUACAACGCCUCAGCGAGCGCAUGCAAGCAGCCGUGUUUGCCAUCUACGGCACAGACAACACGUGGCUAUUCGCUGCUCGUAGUGAACGCGAGAAAAUGGACUGGAUAUUCCGCAUCGACCAGACAUACCUGUCUAAUACGGAGAGCACCAACAACAGCGGCAUCAUGAGCCCUGACCGAGGGAGCGAAUACUAG